CCUCCACUGAGCUGCUUCUGAUCCGCCCUCGCCAACGCGGGCUAUCGCUGACAGUUGAUAUCUUUGCCAGAAGGAUUACCCCAUGCUAAAAAAAGAAACAACAACAACAACAAAACUUUAUCUGUUGCAAUGACUUUGCAAUUCACUUCCUGGUUCACAGACAACUGAAACAAUGGCGGUUCCCUCAGAGAUCAUCGAAAAAGAAAGGAAAAAAUUGCUUGAAAUCCUCCAGCAGGAUCCUGAUUCUGUCUUGGACACCUUAACCUCUCGGAGGCUGCUGUCUGAGACCGAGUAUGACAUACUGGAGGGCCUCACAGACCCCCUGAAGAAGAGUCGAAAGCUGCUCAUUUGGGUCCAGCAAAAGGGGGAGGUGAGCUGUCUGCACUUUCUCCAGUGUCUGGUUAGUACUUUCCCAGAGUCAGCUGCCAGUUUAAGGCAUGGUUUUUUACAAUGUGAGACUGUAGAACUGCCUCAGUCUACGAGGAUAAGCAAAAAUUCAGAAGAUGCUUUUUUCCAUAGGGGUAAACAACCUGGGAAUCCUCAGAUCGCAGUGUCCUUCAAAGAGAAAGGACAAUUGGAUUUGGAAGCCUCUGAGUCUUUUGGGGACAAGAGCAUUAGUGAUGGAGAAAUGGCUUUGCCCCCAAAGGAGAAAAAUGAGAAGAAACGUGACAUACCAAAUGAUUCAUCCUCAUAUUUACGUGAAGAUAUUGAAUAUGAAAUUCCAUCAACUAUUGCAUACUUAAGGAAUGAACAGAGAUAUGAGAUACCAGAUGAUUCAUUAUACUUGGGACAAGAGGACUAUCGAAGAACUUUUGGAUGCCCUGAAGACGUGGAUCCCAUUGUCGAAGAGGAGAACGACGACGCCUCAGAGCACAUGGGAUCUGAAGGCGAAGAGAACUCUGAGUAUUCCGCUCCCACAGACUUCUCUGAUGAUGAGCAGAGUCACGAGGAGGCAGAAGCUGCCAUGUUAUUGGAAGAAGAGCAGGAGAGAGAAAGAAAAAAGGUGUUUACAGACGUCCUGUCAUGUCUGAACUUGGAUAGGAGCAGAAAGCUUCUGCCAGAAUUUGUUGAACAAUUCUCUUUAGACCGCAGCUCUAAGUGGACACCCGAGACUCCAGGAGAUCUGGCUUGGAAUUUCCUGAUGAAAGUUCAAGCACUCGAUGUGACGGCCCGAGAUGCCAUUCUCGGGCACAGAGUUCUGAAUGAGGGCAGCAAAGGACAGUUAGUGACUGAAAUGGAGAAUUUGGAACUUGGGGACAUACAAACCAUCAAUCCCCUGGAUGUUCUUUGUGCCACCAUGUUGUGCUCAGAGAGCCCUUUGCAACUCGAAGUCAUGGCAAACAUGUGCCGGUGCCAGUUUGCCCUUCCCUUGCUGCUACCAGAUGCAGAAAACAACAGAAGCAUCCUGAUGCUGGGGGCGAUGAAGGACAUUGUGAUGAGACUUCCGGCUCCAUCCUCAGGAGGCCUAGCUGAGGAUACGGAAAGCGGUCUGACUUGCAUCAAGAUGCCUGUGGUCUCUUUCGUUCGCUUGCAAAGCUGCAGCUUCUCCAAGUCCAGGAUCCUCAAUGCCCUGCUCAGCCCUGCCCAGAGGAAACCACACCAAAUUUUCCUUCAUCGGGAUUCACCCGGCCUGGUGCUUCCCCGGCAAAUCUCUGAUGGCUUGGUGGAGCUAACUUGGCCUUUUCCUGAUGAAGAUGGACUGAAGGGAAGCCAUCGCUUCUUCCAAAAGCCUGUCGCCGUGGCCAACCUCCGUGGAGACCUGGAACGAUGUUGGAUUCAGUUUAGUUUUCUGAUGGAAGUUUCCUCGGCGGUGUUUUUUUGCACUGACUACCUGGGUGAAAAGGAAUGGAGCUUGCUAAGGUAUUUAGGCAAAGCUGCCAUGGAAAGGUGCUACUUUGUCCUCAGUUCCCAGGCCAGGGAGAGUGAAGAGGCUCUUGUUUUUCAGAGGAUCUUGGAACUGAAGCCCUCACAGCUCCUGUUUUUGGAAGGGGAGGAAGCUGGAGAUGGAGGGCAGGCCGUGAAGUGCCUUCACACUGCCCUGCAGGAAGUGAUGGGCUCCCCGCUAAGGUGUGUGUCUGUGGAGGACAUGGCCUUCUUGGCCAGGGAGCUGGGGAUCCAGGUAGACAAAGACUGCCAGAACCCUCAAGGCCUUGACGUUCCCCCCAGUGAAAACAGGACUGGAACAGCUGAACCUGAAGGACAACAAGGACACGCUCCGCCCCAAAUCCCACCUCAGGGGCCUACAAGACAGCCUGGGGUUCUAUGUGGGCUCAGCCAGAAUUCUCAGGAUAUCUACUCCACCCCAGUCUUCAUGCCUCCUCCACACAUUUCCUCGCCUUUCCCAUCCAGAAGUGGAGGAGGUAACUUUAACCAGGCUUCCUUGAGACCCCCCUGGUUUAUGGGCUCUCGCUUUUGGUCAGGGCAGAGAUGUAAGUGGUUCCGUCCUACAGGCUUUCGUAAUAUACGGGCCCACAGGAGUUUCGGUGUUCAAUGCUUCCAACCCCCGAGAUUUUAUUCCGGUGACAGAUUCAUGAAUCGUUCCCCAACUGCUCAGGCAUGUCAUUGGAAUGGAAUGCCUGGGAGACCACCAAGACCUAUUUUUCAGCACACACGAGCCCAGCCUGCAAGAACAGAAACAAUGGGAGCUUUAGGAAAAGCCGGGGCAGUGGUCUCGCAGGUAGAUCACUUCCAUUGCUCAGGCUCACAGCCAGCGAGAGGGGUUGGAAGGCCAACCUGUGCUCAGGGAGCGCAGCUAGCUGCAGCGACUGGACAACACAUGCAAACACUAUCUUGUAUCAAAGACCCUCAUCAGCAAACCUCUCAAGCAGCAGGCACCGUACAAAAGCCCAGAAGACCAGCUUCUCAGCCAGGAGCCCAGCAGAAGACUCAGACUAGGCUUUCAAAUCCAGCUGUGCAAACACAACCCCAUCCCAUGCUCAAUAGCAAACCUUCACCCAGCUUCCAGCCCCAAUCCCAUCAGCCCAAGCACUCCCAGGCAAAACCCUCCCAAACUGUGUAUUGUCAAUCCCGACCCGCUCAACCCCAACCCUCUCAAACAAAAUCCUCUAUGUCCAAACCCAGUCAGCCCACGCGCCCCCAAUCUAAGUCUUAUCAGCCCAGGCCUUCGCAACCCAAGUCAGCCCAGACCAAGGCAUGCUACUCAAGAGUGGGUUCCAGAAGGUAGGAAAGCUUGGAAGCACUUAAGACCUAUGACAUGUAGCUUUUAUUCAGGCCGUUUCUAUCAUGUAGUGACCUAAAACGUUUCAGUACUGGUAAAAGACUACUGCCCUUAGCGUGACACAGACAAAAUGGUAUGCAAAGCUUGAUUAGAUGCCAUUAACAUAUCUCUUCAGAGGUAUAUGAGAGGGGACAAUGUGGAGAAAUUAAGACUACAAUACAGCAGUAAAUAGAGUAGUUCAAUUCAACUUCGAGUAUCAGGUAGUGCGUAAGUCCAAUUCGUUUUCCAUCAAAAAUAAAUACAGUACAUAUUUUGUUUCAUGACAUUGAUUGCACACAGUGUAAUAGCACUCACUCCACUUCCUCCCUAGGUUUCCCAUUUCCAUGUGUCCUUUCCUAUCCCUUCUUGCUUUGUGAACUUUGGGGACUGCUUCCCUUUUGAUCUUGUAUGGUUGAUCGCUCUAGGAAGUAUGUAUCUCUCUGGUGUUAAUGUUCACCUUUUUACUCACUCACUGCCACUGAGUCGAUUCCGUCUCAUAGAGACUCUGUAUGACAGGAUAGAACUGCUGCUGUGGG